AUUCGGACGCAAACAGAGCGUCGGUGAAGUGGUGAAAACGACUUAAAACAAGUUGUUAUUUAUUAGUGUUAAAAAGGAAAAAGUGUAAGAAAAAAACAUGCGGUGGUCUUUAUCAAGUUGUUUACUGCUAUCAAUAACAAUAGCGGUUGUAGCAGCAGACUGGUCCUGGGGAAACGAGAAAAAUACCGAAGUACAAGAGCAAAAAGAAAAAUCUACUGAAUUAUUAGAAGGCGAGCACCUUACUGUGGCUCAAGACAAAAGCCUUGAAACUAAUGAGACAGUGCUCGACGGAAUUGUUGAUGAACUAAUUAAUGGCAAACAAGGAAGAAGUUUGGGUGGCUUCGAUGAAGUGUACGGUGAUCCCACCAUAAAAGAAGCACUGGAUUCGGGAGAUGAUACCGAAGCGAGAAACCUCAUCAAAGAUCGUCUGUGUACUUUAGGUCUCAUACAGUGUGAAGAAGGCGAAACUCAAGAAAAGCGGACCUAUGUGUCUCCCGACGACCUCAUUUACGCACAGCCUGUGGACAUAAAGCCUAUCGGUAAACCAGUUGCUUCUAUUGCAAUUCGAGGACCUCCAAGAGCGUACGGUCCACCAAAACCGAUGCCAUACCCUUCUCGUCCACAAAAGCUGCCACCAAAGAGAAUCGGAUACGGAGGCAACAUUCGCCCCGGAUUUUCAGACAAAUAUGGCCUUUCUGGUAGCAAUUACCAAUUUUCUCAAAACAGCGGAGUAUACAAUGCCCAUGAAAGUAAUUUCGUAACAAAGCCGCCAAUAUAUGCCAAUGAAAGACCCUAUGCUUUUGAAAAUUCUAAGCCUACUUACAACAAAGUACCUGCUAACGUCCAGACUGGGGUCAAAACAGACAUCGUGCAACAACAUGUACACCACCACUACGUUCACAGUGAUGCUGAAAAAGAUCCUAAAGUUAUCAUUAAGCCUGUAGCAAUUCCUGUCGGAUCUGUUGGACAUUUAGGAUCGCAAAACUUUGCUCAUGAGUCAUCUGACGUUAUAACAGCAUCCGGUGGUGACUACAGUUCAAUUACAUCGGGGGGCUUCAAACCUAUGACAGGAAACUAUCCAUUGUACACAAAACCAGUGUACGAAGCAGAUACCGUUUACGGUUCCCAAUACGGUCAUAGCAAUGUCAAUAAGGGAAGUGCCAAUAUUGCAUCCCAAUCUUUACCUAAUCAAUAUGCGAACAACGUCUUCGAUGAUCAAAAGUACAGUAACUCAUUAGGAAGUUACGCGUCUCAAAAUACAGAAUUUUACAAGAAAGAACUUAAUGUGGGAUCCGCUAACAAUUUAUACAACCAAGGUCCAGCAACUUUCGGUCAAAGCAACCAACAAAAUUACCAACAAAAUUAUCAACAAAGUUACCAUGAACCAAAAGCUCAAGGGUUCGACUGCGUUUGUGUGAACUACGAUCAAUGCCCCAGCCAAGAAAUAAUUGGCCGCAGGGACGACUUAUACUUGCCUAUCGAUCCUCGUAAUAAAGGCAGUGAAAUUACAGCACUUACUGAAGAACAACUAGACAACUUAAACGCAACUGUAACUUCAGAUUUAGAAGUCGAUGCACAACAAAAUCAAACAACCGUCAAGAGCAUAAGCAAAAGAGAAGCGACUACUGAAAAACAGGAUGACACUGACAAAGAAGCUGAACCACGUCAGGGAUACUUCGGACGCCCCAGUCCACAACGAUGCCAACAGAACCAAGUGUGCUGUCGCCGACCGUUGCGUCCUCAGGCAUCCAACCGAGGCCAGUGCGGUAUCCGACACUCACAAGGGAUUAAUGGAAGAAUAAAGACACCCUCAUACAUAGAUGGCGACAGUGAAUUUGGAGAAUAUCCGUGGCAAGCGGCCAUACUGAAAAAGGAUCCGAAAGAAUCAGUAUAUGUGUGUGGUGGUACACUUAUUGACGGACUUCACAUUAUGACUGCUGCUCAUUGCGUUAAAUCAUACAAAGGAUUCGAGCUAAGAGUAAGGCUAGGCGAAUGGGACGUGAACCACGAUGUCGAGUUCUACCCUUACAUCGAGAGGGACGUAGUGUCUGUACACGUGCACCCGACGUACUACGCUGGCACGUUAGACAACGACCUUGCCAUCCUGAAGCUGGAGCAUCCAGUCGACUGGACCAAAUAUCCGCAUAUCAGCCCCGCCUGCUUACCAGACAAGUACACCGAGUACGCCGGACAGAGGUGUUGGACCACCGGAUGGGGAAAAGACGCAUUCGGUGACUAUGGAAAAUACCAGAACAUUCUAAAGGAAGUCGAUGUACCAAUCCUAGCCCACGGCCAAUGCCAGCAACAGUUGAAACAGACCAGGUUGGGCUACAAUUAUGAGCUAAACCCCGGUUUCAUCUGCGCGGGUGGUGAAGAGGGCAAGGACGCGUGCAAGGGCGAUGGUGGUGGCCCCCUGGUAUGCGAGCGUAGCGGCACGUGGCAGCUGGUAGGCGUCGUCUCUUGGGGAAUCGGCUGCGGCCAACCCGGCGUGCCUGGCGUCUACGUUAAGGUCGCACAUUACCUGGACUGGAUCUCGCAAGUUACUGGAAAAUUCUCCAAUUAUUAAGAGAUCGUAAAUAGUAUUUAUUACCAUUGAUUUAGAUAUUAACGUUUAUUUAAUAAAGAAUUUUAAUUUAUUAUUUAACUUUGGGCGGUAAUGCUCAGAGAAUACGAGUAAUCGCAUAUGCAGAUUUUUGUAAAUUAAACCAUUUAAAUAUACUUUUUAGUAAUAUA